CGACCUGCGCCAGUGUAGCGAUUAGCGAACAUUUUCUGGGAACCCGCUCUCCCAUUUGGCGAGUUCCUCUAUUAGUUAUGACAACCCAAGCAGAACAUUUUUUCUCUCCCUGCAGUACAGUGACUGUUUUCCUCCAGCGCAGUGCAUGUGCAGUGUUUUCUUCUCCUGGCAUUUUCGGCCAGGCUUUUUAUGUAGCAUUUAUUUAAUCUUCUUAUUUUUUAUUAAAUGUUGUUAAUUGUUAUUUUAUGGCUGGCAUUUUAAUUUUACAAUGUUUUAUUUAUUAAUUAAUUUUUUCUUUUUAGCGAAAACGUAAAGUAUUUUACUUUAAUUUAUCUCAGUGCAUGUGGCCUAACCACGCGCACUGAACUGGUGACCCGGCUUAACGAACUUAAUCUAUUUUAAUCUCCUAAAAUGUGCAAAGACCAGCCAUGUAAUUUUUUUCUUAUAAUUGCUAUUCAAAAUUUUUAAUAUUUCGCGAAUUUAUUUUGCUAAUUUUUUUUCUCCAAUGGGAUUUCCACGUGGUUUCAACUCAGCAAAAUCAAGGUAUGUGAUCAAACUUUUUUUAGAACUCUGUGAUUGGUCAUUUGUUUCUUUAAAAUAUUCUAAAAGUUAUUUAGUUAAAUUUUACUAUUUUUAAAUAUUAUUUUAAAGUUAUUUUCCUCUUAUUGCCGUAUUACUCACAUAUUUUAUUAUUGUAUUAUUGAUAGUGCAUUUGUUAGGAUUCCCUUAUCGUAUUUCUUUUAACAAAUUUAAUCAAUAUGCCCGAGACCGAUAAUCAGAACGAUAAUGCUGUAGCCAUAGAAUCUCAGGUAUCCCACGUGUCAGUGAAACUUCCCCCGCUAUGGAAAAACAGAAUCAAAAUAUGGUUCAUUCAAGUAGAAAGCAAUUUUGAGCUCGCGAAAAUAACUAAAGAUGUUACAAAGUACAACUACUUAAUUGCUGCAAUCGACCCAGAAACCUUAGCCGCGGUAUCGGAUAUUUUAUUGGAACCUCCUGCCACUGACAAGUACGAUACACUUAAAAAACGAUUAAUCGCAGAAUUUUCAGAUUCAACGAAUGAACAAAUACGUCGGCUUAUUUCAGAGAUGCAUUUAGGAGACGAUAAACCUUCCCAUCUGCUGCGUAAAAUGAGGGAAUUAGGCGGGAGAUCCAUUACUGAUGAUUUUCUAAAAACUCUUUGGCUCCAGCGUCUGCCCUCAGAAAUGCAAGCCAUUUUGUCAAUAAGUUCCGAAUCUCUAGACAAGUUGGCGGAGAUGGCAGACAAAAUUUCAGAAGUAAGAGCCACGCCAUCUAACAGUGGUGUGUUCGCGGUGCAGCAAACCCUCAAACAGGACAAAUAUCACAAUAAUAAUUCCUUUUCCUCAUUAAACGAAAUUCAGGAGCUUAAAAAUGAGAUAGCUGCUUUAAGCAAACAGGUUGAAAGAAUGUCGCGGGGGGCAAACAAACCCCAUUAUCGCCGGAGCUCUUCCCGAAACCGUUUUCCCUCCCGCAGCCGAUCUACCGAGCGUGAUGGCGAAUACUGUUUUUAUCACUCGCGAUUCGGUAAAAAAGCUCACAAAUGUCGUGAACCCUGCUCCUUUCCAAAAACUACCGGUCAGGAAAACUUGUAAUAGCGACUGUCGAUCAAAAUUUCUCGGCGACAGUCGCACGCUCCUGUCGUUUGCACGUGUAUGACAAAAAAACUCAUCUAAAAUUUUUAAUUGACUCGGGUUCCGACGUCUCUUGUAUUCCCCCUCCCAAACAUAAAAAAAACUUAAAACCUGAUCCUCUUCAAUUGUUUGCGGCCAAUGAUACUAAAAUUAAUACAUAUGGAGCGAAACUGUUAACUGUAGACUUAGGUCUUAGGCGAAAUUUUACUUGGAAAUUUUUGAUAGCCAACGUGCCCAUCCCUAUAAUAGGAGCAGAUUUCCUUUUUUUUUU